AAUGCCACGUUAAUUACACACUAUUGCUCAAACGCAAUCGGAGAGAGAGAGAGAGAGUGAGAAUGAUAGCCAUUACGAAGCUGCAAAAAUGGCGAAGCAUAUCGAUGAUUCCUUUGAACAACCUCAUAGCUCGCUGCGACGUCGUUUCUAUCAGUCGGCUCUUGCACAACGGACCUGACACCCUUGAAGAGCUCUUGGACCGUCACUUGGCGAAGGAACAAAAACCUACCCUUGACGACGAUGAGGCCGAGUUGCUAAGUCGUCGCCGACUCACCAGCACUAGGCGCGAGGCACUGAGUCUCUACAGGGACAUCCUCAGGGCUACCCGGUUCUUCACGUGGACCGAUUCGCGGGGCUUCCUGUGGCGAGACAUACUGAGAGAGAACGCCCGGAAGGAGUUCGAAGCUGCCCGGUUCGAGACCGACCCGGAAAUCGUGACCCGGUUGCUUCUUGGUGGUCAAGAUGCUGUUGAAUCGGCUCUCGAAAGGCUCGCCGAGAAACAUAGGCAAGAAAUUGAGAAGGAACGUAGUGGUGGUGGAGAUCGACGGUGAUUAUUGACUCUCGGUACAUUUUGAUCUUGAUUUCGAUCUCUCUAUUUUUGUAAUUGAAAUUGAAAUUUCUGUUGUUGGUUGAGGAAUGAGGAAUUGGAUCGUUUACCUGUAACUGUAUAA